AUCGUCAUGGUGUUAGCGCUUAUCAUAGCGAUACCGCUGCUGGUCCAAGCAUCCAAGACGGACGCACACUACGAGAUGAUGGGCACUUGUAGGAUGAUAUGUGAUCCAUACAACCCCAAACCCAGCGCCAAUGCUCUGGAAGUCAUGCAGGACCUGAGCGCCAUCCCAUCCCCGGCGUUCUCGCAUGGGACUAAAGGCGAUCCGGGUCGACCGGGGAAACCAGGACCGAGAGGUCCGCCAGGCGAACCAGGUCCACCCGGUCCAAGAGGACCGCCGGGGGACAGGGGGAACUCGGGGAAACCGGGUUAUCCCGGCCUUACCACGGGGGAGACGGCUAAAGGGACCGUGAGUAGCGCUAGGACCGAUAAUGGCGAGGACCGAGACUCCGCAAUUGGCGGCACAAAAAUCGCAUUUUACGUGGGUCUGAAAAACCCCCACGAGGGAUACGAGGUGCUAAGGUUCGACGACGUGGUGACAAACCUGGGGAACCAUUACGACCCGUCUACCGGCAAGUUCACGUGUGAAGUGUCCGGGAUCUACUACUUUACAUACCAUGUGUUAAUGCGUGGAGGCGACGGGACCAGCAUGUGGGCAGAUUUGUGCAAAAACGGACAGGUCCGCGCCAGUGCGAUAGCCCAAGACGCAGACCAGAACUAUGACUACGCCAGCAACAGUGUAGUGCUUCAUCUAGACUCCGGGGACGAGAUCUACAUCAAGCUGGACGGAGGCAAGGCGCAUGGGGGAAACAACAACAAGUACAGCACGUUUUCCGGUUUCAUUUUGUAUCCGGACUAA